AUGAACAGUUAUUGUACACUUAACUGCUUCCAAUCUGAACAAGCCAAGAAAAAUAAAUUUCUGUUCUCUUUAUUUUCUUUCUUUUUUCUUUCAUUCAUUCUUUCUUUCUUUCUUUCUUUCUUUCUUUCUUUCUUUCUUUCUUUCUUUCUAUGUCACUAUUUUCCUACCUCCCUUCCUUUCUUCCUUCCUUCACAUGAACUUAUUUCUUCCCUUCCAUGUUUCUAUUUUCUUUCUUUCUUUCUUUCUUUCUUUCUUUCUUUCUUUCUUUAUGAUUUUCAUUCCUUCCUUUAUAUGAACAUAAAUCCUUCUUCUUUCUGUUCCCUUUAUUUAUUUUCUUUCUUUCUUUCUUUCUUUCUUUCUCUUUCUUUUUUUUAUGAUUUUCAUUCCUUCCUUUAUAUGAACAUAAAUCCUUCUUCUUUCUGUUCCCUUUAUUUAUUUUCUUUCUUUCUUUCUUUCUUUCUUUCUUUCUUUAUGUGA